AUGAGAAGUCUGCUGAAGGAAGAGCUGGAGAAAAUGGUGACCCUGAAGCUCUACGAGUACACAAACUCGCAGAACGGAAGCCCUGUGCAGCAGAGAAUAUUUGAAAUACUUGACAGCGCAAGCAAUACGACUGAGUCGGUGUCCACGGCACUUGCGCAGUGCAUGGUCUACUUCAUAAGGUCUCUAAACAGGAAAAAAGUAUUCAGGCUGAAUCUUACGCAGGAGGAGAAGGCCUCCACUGUGUGGGCCCUGCAGCACGCCUUCCCCAUAAACAGAGAGCGCAGAGAGUUCAGCAUGCUGCUGCACCUGGCAAAGAUGUACAGAAAUGGGCAGGUGAACGACAGCACAGGCACGAGCAUAAAGGACCUGCUGGAAAACGAGCUUGCAGACAUUGUGCAGAGCGAGAUUGUCUUCUGGGCAGACAUGCACCGCUUUGCGCAGCGCCUUUCCGCUGGAGCGCGCGCUGCAGACAAGCAGAGCGUUACACACACGGCGCUUCUUGAGACAGCGCUCGAUGCAGUAAAGGUGUACGAGUACAAGCUCGAGCAGAUCCAGAAGAUUGUUCCCCUGCUGGAGCCGCGCUGCCGGAAGAUCUCGUACCGGCACAUAGUUGAGGACUCCGCGCAGACGCUCUGCAAGAAGAUCGAAAGAAGCCACACCUCCCUCAGCAAAAUGAUAGACCACUCGCUCCGCGAAGUGAUGAACAGCCUGCAGGAUCCAGAGUGGGACCCGUACAACUGCAAGCACGUGAAGUUUCUGAAAGCGAUUCUUGAGAGAUGGGACGGGCCCGGGCAAACGUGCUACAACAGAGGCGCUGCGUACUACAGCGAAAUCCUGAAUGCCUUUGCAGACGAGAACAUCGAUCUGCUCGACGAGAAGCUGGCAGACUAUAAUAGCUACGUCCGAAGCCUGCAGUAUGUAAAUAUGCCGCUCUCCAAGUGCGUGUCAAAGAAGACAACCCGCAUGGACGGAGAUCCCCACGGGCGGGGCCUCUUUCUCCAGGCGGAAGAGCAAAGCCCUGCACUUCCCAUGGAUAUUCUUGUGCGCGAGGCCAAGACAGUAGAGGAGGCGCCGCGUCUCUCCAAAACACAGAUUGCGUUCAACUUCAUUGCAUCUGCGCUGCUUGGGCUGUCCAGUGUGUUUUUUAUGUUUGUUUCGUCUGCGCUUGCCAUGGACAUCUCUGAUGACACUGCUGUGAAUCUCUACGGGUUCUCCAAGUGGAGCUGGCAGGACAUCCUGGCCUUCCUUGGCUGGCGCGCGCUGUGCCUCUCCGCGUACGGGAUGUGUCUGUAUGUGGCGCACAAGCAGAUUGAGCGCUGGUUCGUGCUUCUGCGCAAGCAAAACUGGCAGCUGGCAAAGACCCUCAUGCUGGCCAGCGUGAUUGUUGCAUCAACCGUUGCGGGGUACCUGGUUGCGUUUUACACGCCAGAGAGCAUCACCAGCCCGCCUGCCAUGGCUACCAUGUACACGAUAGGCGCGGUGUUUAAGAUAUCAAACCUGGUUGACAUGGUUGUGCGGAGGAGCUCGCACAGCACGCACGCAGUCUUUGCGAGCACGUGGCCUGCCUCUGUGACUGCCAUACUGAUUUUCCUUGUUAUGUUCUUUGUUCCGUAUAUACAGAGCAUCCCUAGCACAUCUGUGGUGUAG